CUAGGUGGUGGCGUGUACGAACCGUCCACACCCGCAAUGACCGUCCCCGGGCCGCCGCAGGUCCCUGCUGGCUCCUGGAGAACAUAUUUAGGAGCUACCAUAGUUACCCUUGGCUAACAGCCGUGCCCGGGGCCAGAUUAACCAGCCGUGGGGUGCCCGGUGAGGUUAUAAGAGCGUGCCAGAGCCCGGGGGAGCCCACUUGAGCCGUGAGGAGAGGAAGUAUGUGAGGGAGAGAUCAGCCCAGUCACUGCACAACACAAAAAUGGGGCUCGUCUGGCUGAAAAAGAUCUUGGAGUCUCAAUACAAAAUGGACUUGUUAAUGGUGGGUGUGGCCUUGGUUCAUCUUAUUGCUGCACCAUACACCAAAGUGGAAGAGAGUUUCAACCUCCAAGCUUGCCAUGACUUGCUUUACAAUGGCAUUCAUCUGCAAGAGUAUGACCACCUGGAGUUCCCAGGGGUGGUGCCACGAACAUUCGUUGGUCCCAUAGUGGUAUCAACUCUUGCCUACCCAGCUGUAGCUGUCGUCCAGUUUCUUGGACUCUCAAAAUUCAUUGCUCAGUACAUUGUGCGAGGUGUGCUGGGCCUUCUGGUUAUCCUGGCAUGGCGAAGACUCUGCAAGCAAUUACAGGAGAGUUUUGGGAAGCCCCUCACAUUCUGGUUCACACUCAUCACAGUCUCCCAGUUCCACUUUAUGUACUAUCUGAGUCGACCGCUACCAAAUACGUUUGCACUUGUUGUUGCUCUGCUUGCAAUCUCUUAUUGGUUGGAGCAACGACAUCAUCCGCUCAUAUGGACAUGUGGAAUUGCAGUGCUGAUAUUCCGGUCUGAAUUAUGUCUUUUCUUGGGUCCAAUGUUGUUGGCUGACCUCAUGACUCGUAGAUUACAGAUUCUACCAUUUCUUCAGAGUGCUAUUCCAGCUGGACUCUGCUGCCUAACAGUGACAUUAGCCAUUGAUUCUCUCUUCUGGGGCCGCCUGCUGUGGCCAGAAGGAGAAGUUUUCUGGUUCAACACCUACAAAAACCAAAGCAGUACCUGGGGUACAUCACCAUUAUUGUGGUACUGGUACUCUGCAUUGCCGAGGGCUUUGGGUUCAAGCUUGCUUCUGGUUCCUAUAGGUGUGGCCUUGGACAAGCGGCUGCAAGUACUAAUAACACCAGCUAUAAUUUUCAUCACUGCCUACUCUUUUCUGCCCCACAAGGAACUCCGCUUUAUCAUAUAUGUUUUCCCUGUUCUCAACAUUGCGGCAGCCAGAGCAUGUCACUUUUUUUGGGAAGGUCGAGAAAAAUCUGGCACUCGUCAGUUGCUGGCGAUUGGCUGUGUAUUGCACCUCCUAAUAAAUGUGGCAUUCACCACUCUUCUACUUACCAUUUCGGCCAACAAUUAUCCAGGAGGAGCCGCUAUUCACAAGUUGCAUCAGAUUAUUCCUCAAGACGCUAAGGUUCAUAUUCAUAUAGAUAAUUAUGCAGCCCAAACUGGAGUAUCGAGGUUCACACAGCUUCACGAUCACUGGAAGUACAACAAGACAGAAAAUAUGAAGGCCGGAAGUAAUGAUAUGCGGUCUUUCAGUCACCUUCUAGUUGAGGCCAAGUCCAAAUACUCCUACAAUCUGAAGCAUUACACAUCUUCCCAUGAGAUUAUCUCUGCAGUAGAAGCAUUUUCACAUCUUAGUUUCAAUUAUCAGCAAUUUCCUCCAGUGAAGGUUAGAGUCAAGCCAGCAGUGUUCCUGCUGAAGAAUCUAGAAGAGGAAAAUAUAGAUUGGUCAUGGCUACCUUCAGAAACAUCGACAGAAGAUGCUAAUAUAAAAGGUGAACCGAUACAGCAAGAAAAUAUUGAAGAAGAUCAGAUUGAGGAAGAUGAAGGAAAACAAGUAUUAGAAAGUAAUACAUUUGAAUUAAAAGAGGAAGAAAUUGGCAUAGGAAAGAGAAAUAAUAAGAGAGAUAUUGAUAAUGAAAACAAGGUAGAAGGAUAUGGGGUAAAGAAGGUAGGAAAUAAAGAAACCUUUGGAGAAGAUGAUAUAGAACCAGUAAUAGUCGAUGCAGAAGAAGAAGAAAUGCUUUUGGAACCCAAGCUUCCCAAUACUGGCUGCUUUGCUCCAGAAGGGGAAAUAACUGAAGUCUUUGAUGUUGAGGAUAUUCAUGAUUUCCCUGUAGAUGAGCUGUUAACUUCAAAGCCUGAUGCAGGUGAAGAGAUUGCCGAAGCAGCAGCAGCAGCAGCGGAGCCUCUUGAAGUGGUAGACGAUGCAGCAAAUGCGGAAAACGAAGACAUUACUGAACCCUGUGUUCUUUGCAGUUCAGGUGAUGAUUCUCCUAAUGAUAUUACUAUUAAUGUUGCUAAAGACGGUAUCAGUGGUUUGUGUGAUGAUAGUGUUGUUGAUCAUGUAGGUCAAGAUAAAGCUGGUGGUAAUGAUGAUGUUGGCAGUAAUGAUAUUAAUGGCAAAAGUGGUUUCACUAAAAACGAUGAUGUUGAUAAUAUUAAUGCCAGGGAUGAGAAAGAAGGUAAUGUUAAUGAUGUAGAUAGCAGUAAUUUGAAUGUUGAUAGUAAUGUUAAUGAUGUAGAUAGCAGCAAUUUGAAUAUUGAUGGUAAUGUUAAUGAUGUAGAUAGCAGCAACUUGAAUGUUGAUAGUAAUGUUAAUGAUGUAGAUAGCAGCAAUAGUAAUGUUAAAAUUGUUGACAAUAUUGAUGGAGUCCAUAGUGACACCAGUGAUAAUGUUUUUCCUGACAAUGUUCUUGAAACCAAUCCAGAGAUUCUCGAUGACAAAGUUGGUGCUACUUUACCACCCGGAGAGAGUAUUAAACUAAUUGAAGAUUUAGAAGUUGAAGAUACUGAUGCCGAAGAGGAGGAAACUAGGUUCGUCGAAGUGACAUUGCCUUCGGAUGACAAGGAUGCGCAAAGUGAAGUUAUGGAAGACGAUGAGGGUUCGCCGUCUGCAGUAGAGCAGGUCAUUACCGGGAUCAGGCAAUGUUUAUGGAACGUCUUUCUCUUCUGUGCUGUCUGUUACAUUGGCAUGUCACUUUACUGAAGUGUUGAGGUUAUUAUACGAGUAGUGGCAUGACCCUUUUACAGUACUGAAGUUCACAGUACACGUACAUAAAAAUGUGUGUACUGAACUGCACAAGCAACAUUUUUGUGCAUCUACAUGGUUUGCUACAUCAGCUUGAAUGUGGAAGGGAUACAAUUUGUUGUAUGCUUGCAGUAUAUUAUAUGCACCAUUUGUAUAUUACUAUAAAUACCUAGGCUCAAACAAAUUUAACUUUUUAAAUAUUGUUUGUGUGUUAAAAUUCUCAUACAAAUUUUCAUCAUGGCCAUUUAAAUUAAAAGUGCAUUGAAAACUGUUUGGUUUUCCAUAGUGAGGGACAGGACGUCGUCUGGGCAUAUUGAGAUAUUUCUCAUUACUGUACCGGUAAUAAUAAUAAUAAUAGUGGAGGCGAUGAGUCACAAUAACGUGGCUAAAUCUAUCUGACGAAACAAAGCAUACAUCAUCCACAGGGAUGUUUCAGAAGAUCUGAACCAAAGACCUGAAAAAACAUUAUAGUAUUAAGUUGAUUUGCAUCUUUGUCAAAGCAGGGGGAUUUUAUAACUGCACUGUAUAGUGUAUCUUUUUAACAAUGUUUUUUUUGUAAUUUAGUGACUAAUUUAGCUGGGAAAUAUGAAAAAUAGGCUAAUGCUUUGCUUAUAUAUCUACCUUAUUUACAGUACUAUACUAGGAAAAAAUAUAAAUGUAUUUUAAUACAAGUAAAAAUAUUAAUAAAUAAUAGUACAGUAUUA